CCAGUGUCAAAACGAACAUCGGGGUCAACCAUCAUACGGAGGAAAUUCACGCUAUAACAAUCCGCAACGCUCAGAUAUAUAUGAUCGAAUCAGUUAUGUUUCGGGUUCAACAAAUAAUAACAAAACUUACGAUGAAAGGAGUGUAAGAACAGAUCUGACCAAAGACCGGCCUAUAUAUCGGUACUCAGUCUAUGGACCAGGAAAAGAAGAACCCAAUCUAGUAGAUGGUACGGACUACUCACCAGAAGAGUUGCGACUUCAAUAUUAUAUAAUUAUGGGAACUGUCGGAAAUGAUAUACAAUACGUAUGUAUUUUGGAGAUAUUUUUUGUACCAAUUAUCUUCCAUUAUAUUUGCAAAACUGCGUCAAUUAGUUCUUCGGAGACAAGUAAUGAACAAAAUGGUGUUAAGGAUCUAGAAAAUCGCACGCAAACGCAAAUAGAUUCUUGUCUUAAAGACUUGCGUAAUUCACUCAACAGAUUCGAGUCACAAAAACAGCAAAAACAACAAUCCUCAUUUGAAAUAUUUGGUAGUAGUGGUGGCGCAUUUGGACAACCGCAACCACAGGGAUUCGGAACACCUCAAAACACAUUUGGAGCUUUUAAUACCAAUCAACCACCCACGUUUGGAGGAACACCUACUUUUGGACAAAAUACAAUUGGAUUUCCAGAAACUCAACAAGGGUUUGGAACACACACUAUGGGUGGUUUCGGUCAAAAUGUAGCUACAUUCGAAACGAACAUUUCGCAAACAACAGACUGGGAUAUGUAUCAAGUACCAGAAAGACCGCCACCACAGAGAUAA